UACUCCUUUUCCCAUCGUGGGCUUCCAAGGGCUGCUGCGACCGGCCAGUUUGGACGGUGCUUGCCUGCUAAAACUCGUGCACCCCGGCUUCCCUCCAGGAAUUUUGUCGGCAUGGCCCUCUUUCGGUUACUCCCGACUCGCACAGUCGUCCAAACUCAGAAAUGCCUCCCAGCACUCUCCGUGUUCUCCAGGAACAUUUCGGCAGACUCCACGGACCUGAAAGGCCUGAUGGCCAGCAAGAUCAAGACAUUCCAGUCUCAGGUGAAGGAGUUCCGUCAGAAAUGUGGCAGCCAGGUCGUCGGUGAAGUCACCAUUGACAUGAUCUACGGUGGCAUGCGGGGCAUCAAGGGCCUGGUGACUGAGACGUCGCAUCUGGACCCCGAGGAGGGCAUUGCCUUCCGCGACUACUCGAUCCCUCAGAUCCGCAAGCUGCUGCCCAAGGCGCCCGGUGGCGAAGAGCCCCUUCCUGAGGGCCUCUUCUGGCUCCUGCUCACAGGCGAUAUCCCCACACCCGAACAGGUGAAAUGGGUGUCCAAGGCGUGGGCGCAGCAGGCGGACCUGCCCUCGCACGUGGUGACCAUGCUGAACAACUUCCCCUCGCACGUACACCCCAUGUCCCAGCUGAGCUGCGCCAUCACUGCCUGCAACACCGAGAGCAAGUUUGUGCAGGCCUACAACAAGGGCGUGCCCAAGACCACCUACUGGGAGCACACGUUUGAUGACACAAUGGCUCUGCUGGCGAAGCUGCCCCCGAUUGCGGCGACUAUCUACCGCAACCUGUUCCGGGACGGCAGUAGCAUCGGUGCCAUUGACGUGUCCAAGGACUGGUCGGCCAACUUCACCGCCAUGCUGGGUUACGAUGACCCAAGCUUUACCGAGCUCAUGCGCCUCUACCUCACCAUCCACAGUGACCACGAAGGCGGCAACGUGAGUGCACACACAACCCACCUUGUGGGCAGCGCCCUCUCUGACCCGUACCUCUCGCUGGCUGCCGGCAUGAACGGCCUGGCUGGACCUCUGCACGGCCUCGCUAACCAGGAAGUGCUGGUGUGGCUGACCAAAUUGCAGAAGGAGCUUGGAGGUGAAGUGAGCGACGAGCAGAUGAAGGAGUUUGUGUGGAAGACCCUCAAGUCUGGACAGGUGGUGCCUGGCUAUGGCCAUGCUGUCCUGCGCAAGACGGACCCACGCUACACGUGCCAGCGGGAGUUUGCGCUCAAGCACCUUCCCAACGACCCACUCUUCAAGCUGGUCUCGCAGCUCUACACAGUGGUGCCUCCGAUUCUGCUCGAGCUGGGCAAGGUCAAGAACCCGUGGCCCAAUGUGGACGCGCACUCCGGCGUCCUUUUACAGUACUACGGCAUGAAGGAGAUGUCAUACUACACUGUUCUGUUCGGCGUGUCGCGUGCUCUGGGCGUCCUCUCGUCACUCAUCUGGGACCGUGCCCUGGGCCUGCCCAUCGAGCGGCCAAAGUCGCUCACCUCCGAGGGUCUCAUGAAGCUGGUCGGAUACAAGUGAACCCGAAGCCCGGCAACGAGGAAACUGCCCUCCACCUUUUUGUUCCCCUGUCUCCACCCUCCUCCUCCAGCAUCGCCAUCCCAUCACAGUGAACCACCACGCUACUGAGAAAGUGCUUGUUCAUUAUUGUUUCAUGCACCCUUUCCGCAACUUUUCUCUGAAUGUUUCCUUCGCUACCUUGUAGUGGCUUGUUUCCUUUUCUUUCUCUCCAGUACUAUUUCACCUUGCCUCUACUGUUUUGUUUUGGUUAUCGGUCAUGAUUUUGUUGAAGAUGCAAACCUGUGCGAGCACAUAACCACCACCUCGCAACUCGUUGCAGGCUUUGACACAACUGCAAGUGACAACUUUGUUGAACCUUUGCGUCCUUGCUGAACAGCCCAGAGUGAAACCCAUUUUCGGAGUGGAAGAAAUUUUGGUGCAUUUAGGGAAUUCCAGUCCGAGGGCAAGCAUCCUCUUACACACAUGCAGUGUUUUGCGAAGAGUGCUGCGGGUUCUCCGCGACCCUGAAUGAGUGUUGAAAUCCUUUAGGAAAUUGUGCUUGUGCGGGUGCCUAUGUUGGGUGUUCAUAAGUUAAAAAACUGUUGCACUUGCAUCAUCACAGCGGUGCCUGUUGACAUUGCACAUAGUUCACUGUGUGCUCGUUGUUCGAGUUGUAGCUUGUUGUGGCCAUUGCCCAUGGGGGAAUUGUGUAUACUUAUUUUUUUUUCUUCGCAUAAUUAGCAUCGUUGUUCAUUUUAUUGCCCUUAUUACAGUGCUUGGACAAAAAAGGUCGUCUAAGCGCUCCAGCAGAGUCAGUUUUUUUUUAAACAGAGGGAACAGCCUUUGGGCGUGAAGUCCGGAGUCAAAACGAUGAGCAAUUUUUUUCUUGUGCAAAAAGCGACAGCUGCCAACAUGGUGCGAGCAGUGAAUAGUGUGGCCUUUGAAAUGGCAUGUACAGUAGUAUUGGUGGAAAACUUGGAUACUGAUUUUUUUUUCUGUGGUUUUGCAUUUCUGCACGAGUGAUAAUACAUAUAAACCCUACACGUGCCUCCUUACUAACUGUGGUUCAAACCGAACCUUCUGGCAGUUGAUGGUGAGACAUACACAUGGGUAGUCGACAUGUGACAUGCAAAGCAUGUUUUGGUGUUGACAUCUCUGGCCACUCUCUAGAGAGCUCUGAACCAUGUCUCUUCUUUCUUUCCCUCCCCUUCUCACUGCACUAUCUCAGACAUCACAACUUCAUUGCGAGUGUGUGUGCAUGUAGCAGAUUGCACGUUGAAGUGGCGUCGAUUGUUCACCAUGCUUUGUUUAAAUCAGCGUUUCUUUUAUUAUGUGUCUUGCUUUCCUUUGCUGGGCCUCCAUUUCAAACCUGACACAAAUUGUCAGUUUAAACUGGUGGCACGCCAUCAUCGCGCGCACGUCAUCUGUCGCGUGUUGUCAUCUGCUUGAAGGCACAGACGGAGCAGACUUCUGCGAGCUGUUCGUCUGUCUUUCUUGAUGUCGUCGUGCUAGCAGUGAUGCUUGGCUCUGUUCUCAUUGCUCAAGGGCAGCAGGUUUCUUUCUGUGCUUUUCACAAAUACGUAUCACUUGCAACUAUAACCAGCCCUGGAGUCUCUCUUGUCGGGCAGAAAGGUGGCACGUUGUUUCCUUCUCCCUACUCGCAUUGAUCUGUUCCUGAAGACCCAACGUCCAGCUUUACACUUGCGUCGUGCCUGGCAAAAUCAACUUAGAAAAGGUACACCAGCAGGAUGUUGGGUCUUCCAGUGGAGCAGCCUUUCGUGACACUGCCAGAGGUGUUUUUUUGGGUCCCAGUGAUGCGUGUAAUGUGCCCCCCCUCGUCUAGAGGCCACCAGUGUCGAGUCUUUUUGUGCUGGGGAAGCACGCACUGCACAUCUCAUCCGAAACUGGCAGCCGUUAUAAUAUAACCCUUCCCAUCAACUGUCGCGCCUGGCUGCUGAGACUUACGUUUAGAGGAAGUGUAUUUUACAGCUGAGUGAAAAAAAAAUGAUGUUAGAGACAGUUGUGAGUGUUUUUAUUUAUUUGAAAGCGCCUCUAGUUUUCUUUCCUCUCUUGCAACACUUGCUCUUUGGAGAUGUGGGAUAAUUGUAAUUCCUUUUUUUUUUUCGGUUGUGUAUCUGUAUGCAUAGUUAUACUAGCCCAGCUUGGAAAACGAGCCAGCAAUACUACCAAGCAAUGAAAGUCUUAACUUCAGUAGCCCCUCUUCCGUGAGGGCAUAGGAAGCUGUAAUUAGAAGAAUGCUGUGUAAAAGGAAAGAGACGCAAUGUUUAUUCCAUUCAGUGUGAUAUCUGGUAAUAAAUGAUACAGAUGAGA